UGUUCCAGCCAUAUUGUUCCUUGGGAGUUGUGCUUAAUGUGUGCAUUGACGUGUGUGCCUCAAGUAGAAGCUGGCAGGGCGCUGCUUUAAAGGUAACUGAGGAAAAAACAGGGGCUGCUGCCUUGUGCCAACAAGGGCCAAUUCACUGCAAAAGCAACGUGCUACUGCCAUUGUAUUACUUCCCAAGAUUUCCUCAAGGUAAUUCGUCUCCAUAAUAGGCUCCAGAAAAGACAACACUUGCACGAAACUUUGCAGUUCUGAAGGUGACGGCUAAAUCAUCCAUUCGGUAUCACCUAACGAUCUUAAAUCCUGGUUAUAGGUGGACUCGGCUCAUCAUCCCUUCAAGCAGGUGACACCAUGAACACAGAGGGCAGUGUGGCGGUUACCUUCCGUGGAGCUGAGAGAGAGGCCAGGUGAAUCGCGGACACAGCAGCCGGCCGUAUAACCAAUGCAGUAUCUUUCAUGAGGAAUCAUCUUCGGAAAGCGAGGUGGCUGACUCCAUGAUUCAUGGAUUUUAACAGAUAGAGUUAAAAUCUGGUCCGCCACCAUUUUGUUAUUCCCUUGUAUGUGCUGUGAGAACUGGGGAGCACGACGAAGAUGGUCUGCGUGUGCAGUUAGAAGACACUGUGCAUGCAAAUAGAUUUUCGUCUACUGGCAGCAGGUUAUCUGACAGCCGCUGCAAGCAUGCAGUGGGGAGAGUGGUGCUUUCAUUUGGAUUCAGGUAACGUAAAGAGAUUCCUCAAUUGCAUGUUAAAUUGUGUGCCUCAUUUACACUCGAGCAUUGAUUGGCGUGGAUGCAUAGCUCAGCAGCUUUUUUGCUGAACACUCGUUCACUUUGCAAGGGUUCACGGUUCAAAUCCUACUUACAGCCAAUGUGGGGUCUUCUGGGUGGUAUUAUAUUUAUUACUGAGGAUGUCUGAUGUUUCAUAUACUCACAGGAAUAGUACUCACUGCUGAAGAUGUUUUCUGUUGUGCUUAGGGUUGCCAUCUCUGCGGUACAAAAAAACACAAUAAAAUGCGAAGAAUAAUAUCUUACAAUAGUGGAAUAUAACUGCACGUAAAUGCAUUGUCUUGAGCGGUGUAUUAUUGUAAUAGGUUUUUACACUUUCAUUUGGGACAAAAACUGACACCUUUAUACAAGGGAUCCGGUUUGCAAUAACCACAACACAAGCAGUCAAAAUGCAAACAAAAAGAAACAACUCUGAUAAUGAUGAUAUGCACUGUCCUUGAAGUUGAUUGGUCCACACCCGAGACAGCUUUUCUUAGAGCCUAGUCUCCAUUGGUGUUGGACCAGAUGACGCCAACAGGCGUACAACUCAAAAACAGCGGUGUAUUAUUGUGCACCUUUUUAUGUCCUGGGAAGACUUAGAUAAUUUCCAAGGACAGCUAUCUCAAAAUGAGGACGGACCUGGGAAAGUCAGGACAGGUGGCAACCCUAGUUGUGCUGUCAUCUUAUAAGUGUCGUGCCAACUUUGGAGGAUGUCUAAUGUGUUGCAGAAUCCUGGGCAUGGUGCUUAUCGUUGUGGACGUGGCACUGGUGAUCAUGAGACUAUUCGUGAUGCUCCCCAAUGCCCUCGUGAUGCUUGAGGAUCUGUCCCUCUUCAUUGCCAUCUUCUUUGCAAUGGACGUGGGGCUGCAUGCUUUUGUGGAGGGGUUCCACCAAUACUUCCAUGACUGGCUCAAUGUGCUGGACGCUGUCAUCGUGUUUGUCACUCUGCUCAUCGCUAUCGUGCACCUGGUGGUGUUUUCUUAUUUUACUGACAUUGUCAGGCUGGUGGUCAUCUUACGAGUCCUGCGACUCAUCAUGUUGGUUCGAGCUUUCCGGAUUUUGUCUCAGCGGAAGAAACUUGAGAAGGCUUCCCGUAAAAUGGUGUCAGAGAAUAAACGGCGAUACCAGAAAGAAGGCUUUGAUUUGGACCUCACCUACGUGACUGACCGCAUCAUCGCGAUGUCUUUCCCUUCAUCCGGGAAGCAAGCUGUGUACCGCAAUCCCAUCCAGGAAGUUGCAAGAUUUCUCGAUAUGAAGCACGGGAAUCAUUAUAAAGUGUACAACUUAUGCAGUGAAAAGGGCUAUGAAUCUAAAUAUUUCCACAACCGAGUCGAAAGGGUUUGUGUGGACGACCAUAAUGUUCCAUCUUUGCCAGAGUUGCUCAGGUUUGCAGACAGUGUGCACCAGUGGAUGGACUCGGAUGAUGCAAACGUCAUUGCCAUCCAUUGCAAAGGUGGCAAAGGCCGAACUGGGACAAUGGUCUGCACAUGGCUUGUUGACAGUGGACAAUUUAAAACAGCAGAGGAAAGCCUGAACUUCUUUGGAGAAAGGAGAACUGACAAAAGCGUCAGUUUGAAAUUCCAGGGUGUGGAAACGCCAUCCCAGAGUCGGUACGUUGGCUAUUUUGAGACAAUCAAGCACAAAUGCAACAGACUCCUGCCUGCAGAAAAGUCACUGAUUAUCAAGUCCUUUAAAAUCCAUUCAAUCCAAGGAGUGGGGAAGAGCAACGGCAGUGACCUGACUGUGCAGGUGGUGGCGCGAGGUACGGUUGUGUGUCAGGCCACAUGUGCCACACACAGGGAGUGCAGGGUCCUGCACGAUGCCGAGGAGAACAGCGUGCUUAUUGGCCUCCUGUCGUGUCCGCCGGUCUCAGGAGACGUCAAAGUUCGCUUCCAGUCCAACGCUGGUAUUCCGAAGGGCUAUGACAACUGUGCUUUCUACUUUUGGUUCAACACAUCCUUCAUUGAAAACAACAAGCUCUACCUCAGCAGGGAUGAGUUGGACAAUCCACACAAGAAGAAAACGUGGACAAUCUUCAAGGAUGACUUUGCUGUUGAAGUUUUCUUUACUGAUAACAAUUGAUGAGGUUUUAAUUGAGGUUUCGCCAGAAUCCUGAUAUAAUGCACAUGCUGGGUGAAGAAAUACUUCUUAUUUAGCAUAAUGUUUGUUUGACCAUACUUGACAUUUGUUAUGGCAGAUUGACAAAGGGCUGUACAAAAUAUGUCAUGGCUAAUGAUGAUUGAUACAAUGGCAUACAUAUCUAAUAUAUUACCAGAAUGCAUGUAUUACAUCCUUAAAUAUCAGUGUUUAAAUUGAAACAGCCAUGAUGACUAUUUACAAUAUAUAAUGAAUCUCACAAAAUAGUAAAAUAUAUAAAAUCAUAAAAAAUGUUUAAAUUACAAUCGGAUUAAAAAGUAAUAAAAAAAUUUGAAUAGACA